AUGGACAAGACAUCAUCAUUCUCCAGCCAGGAAGGAAAGCCCAUUCGAUGCAAAGCAGCAAUAUGUAGAAAAGCAGGAGAAGCAUUGGUGAUCGAAGAGAUCCAAGUUUAUCCACCUGAAGCUUUCGAAGUUAGGAUUAAGAUCCUAUGCACAACUCUUUGUCACACUGAUCUUUCUUUCUCGAAAUAUGACAGUGGACCACUCGUCAAGUUUCCAAGAAUUCUAGGACACGAAGCAGUCGGUGUGGUCGAGAGCAUUGGUGAACAUGUGGAUGGUUACAAACGAGGCGACAUCGUGUUGCCAGUAUUUCAUCCUCAAUGUGAAGAGUGUAGAGACUGCAAAUCUUCAAAGGGCAACUGGUGCACGAGAUUUGCCGAAGAUCUCGUGUCAAACACGCGACGUUACGGAACGGCUUCGAGGUUCAAGGACUCUAUGGGAGAAGAUAUUCACCAUUUUUUCUUUGUCUCGAGUUUUUCUGAAUAUACCGUCGUUGAUAUCGCUCAUCUCGUUAAAAUCACUCCUGAGAUUCCUGUUGAUAGAGCGGUUCUGCUCAGCUGCGGUGUCUCCACAGGAAUUGGAGCAGCUUGGAAAACAGCUGACGUUGAAGAAGGCUCCACCGUUGCAGUUUUUGGCCUUGGUGCUGUUGGACUAGCGGUUGGAGAAGGAGCCAGGCUGCGCGGGGCUGCACAGAUCAUCGGUAUUGAUAUCAACCCUGAUAAAUUCGUGCUAGGUAAGAAAUUUGGCUUCACGGAUUUCAUCAAUCCUACCAUGUGUGGAGAUAAAAAGAUUAGUGAGGUGAUUAAAGAAAUAACAGGCGGAGGAGUUGAUUACAGUUUUGAAUGUGUUGGUAUAACUUCGGUACUGAGCGAGGCUUUCACUAGCACCCGUACGGGUACAGGAAAAACGGUAGCCUUGGGGAUAAAUCCAGCAGCUCCAACAGAAUUGGAUAGUUUUGGUCUUUUCAGAGGAAAACAUAUUUGUGGAAGUUUGUUUGGUGGUAUGAAACCCAAGCUAGAUAUUCCCAUUCUCGUGGAUCGUUACUUAAAAAAGGAGCUUAAUCUGGAUAGUUUUAUCACACAUGAACUGAAAUUUGAAGAUAUCAACAAAGCUUUCGAUUUAUUAGAAGAAGGAAAGUCUCUUCGGUGCAUUUUGUGGAUGGAUAAGAAAUAAAUAUUUUAUAUUAGACGACAAAAGUGAUGUAUUACUAGUCUUCUCUGCUUUUAUCUUUUUACUCAGUUUGAUAUAAACUAUGGGAUUUAUUAGAAAGAGCCGUAGAAAUAUGAACAACUAUUAAUAGAAAUAAAU